AUGGUGCACCUGCAGCAUCUACACCCGGCGACGCCAGCCUACUACUCAAUGCAUCCACCAAAGCGUGGCGGACGUACCCUGCCGUUAGCUUCGCCAUCCCACAGCGCAAGAAGCUUACCCUCGAGCUGCUCGACGACAAGGACGGCGGGGGUAUACGAGCAAUCGGCGCAAAUGGCACGGUCGAGUUUUCCAUUGCGUGGAAAGGCGUGGACCAAGUCUUCUGCCUGCCCAUUCCGGAGAAGGCCAAGAGGCAACAUCAUUUCAUUGUGA